AUGACUUUGGUGAGAAUGCUUCGACCCGGUCUCCGACCUUUCGCGGCCCCACUCCUCCGGCCUGCUCAGUUCCGCUUCGCAGGAACAAUCCACCCCGAGGGAUCCCUCGGCGGUCCGGGAGGCCAGCAAGCCCCACCGCCAAACCCGGGCGGCCCUGAGGCCUUGAAGCGCAAUUGGGUCCCUAUCGCGGGAGCUGCCGGUGUUGUUCUCGGAGGUCUCUACCUUCUAUCCCCCGCAAAACCCAAGGUCGAGAGGACCUUUGAGGGAGACAUGAGGGCCGCCAACUCGACAGAGAUCGGUUCCAUCCCCCAGCCGUCAGGACGACCGUCCCUUGCCGCGAAGUACAAGGACAAGGAGGUUGAGUCGUUGACGGAGCUCAGUGGCAGAAAGGGCGGUGGUGGGAUGGGCGGGUUCAGAGCUGAAUGA